CAAGCGACGCUGUCUUACACUGUGGAUGAUAGCACGCUCGAGAUUGUUGUCCGCUUGCCGCCGGCGUACCCUUUGGCGCUGCCUGUGUUUGACUCGGUCAAGAGGGUCGCUGUGUCGGAGAAGCGCUGGCGCGGGUGGCUGGUGUCGGCCCAGGCGCAGAUGGCACGCAACCGGCGUGUGGAUACUGUGUGUGCGCAGCUGCUGGGGAACAUUGGCGCCCACUUUGCCGGAGUCGAGGACUGUGCCAUUUGCUAUUCGGCUGUCGGGACUAUGGACAACACGCUGCCCAACAAGCAGUGCAAGACGUGCAAGAACAAGUUCCAUCGGAUGUGCCUGUUCAAGUGGUUCAACACAAGCAACCAGAGCACAUGCCCGCUGUGCCGCAAUCUGUUCUAG